GAUUUUAGUUCGGCUUGUUGUUUCGUGGUCUCCGCCAUUUUGCAGUUGCGAUAGAAAGGUGAAAAUCUCGGUAAAUGUAUGGUUUUCGAGUGUGGUUUUAAGAUUUAAGUGACGUGCAGUGUUGCUUGUAUGUGUUGUGAAGAAAACCAUUCAAUAAUGGAUCAGAUAUGACGCAUCCAAACUUUCAAACUAACGGAGCUAGUUUAGAAGACUGCCACACUAAUUUCUUUGCCUUGACUGAACUCUCCGGUAUAAAAUGGCGUAGGCUCGUAUGGAGCGAGGCGGCGGAGAGGGUCGGAGGCCAUGGUGCCGCCUCCGUUGGCGAGCCUCUCGAAGACCCCGUGCUGCGGAGUUACGCACGAUGUCUCGCCGCGGACAUACUGUGCGUGUGGCGACGCGUGUCGACGCCGCGCGCCGAGGACCCCUUCGAACUGGGUCCGACGCCGGCUCAGCCGCCGCCACCACUGAGCCUGGCGGCUUCCAAGGAGCUGUGGAUCUUCUGGUACGGCGAGGAACCGGACCUGAACGAGCUGGUGGCGCCCGAGCUGAAUAUGCCCGAUUGCGUCCAAGGAUCAUGGGAAUCCGGCCUGUCGUACGAGUGCCGAUCGUUGCUCUUCAAGGCGCUUCACAACCUGAUCGAGCGCUGCUUGCUGUCGCGCGACUUCAUCCGCCUGGGCAAGUG